ACAUUGUACAUUUUACAUUGUACAUUGUACAUUGUACAUUGUACAUUGUACAUUCUUUAUUGUACAAUGUACAUCGUACUUGAAAUAACUUGAAUAUUUCUUGUCCUACGUGUCUAAUCUUUGGCAUGACCACAUAAUACAUGUGUUGAAAUUGAUUGAAAGUAAAUGUACCCAGCGUAAAUAAAACGUGGUCGUCUUACAUAUAAUAUAUUUACAUAAAAUAUAUCAUGUUUAUUAUUAAAAUACCAAAUAUUAGAAGUACUGUAGGCUAUGAUCCACGUAAGAAAUGUAAUUUAAAUUAAUGAAAUCAACUCAAUGAUCGCUGUCAUCCUUCAAUCCCAAAAACCAUCUCGGAACAACUCAACAUACAUACCGACAGGAUCAUUAGGUAGCUGAGAGUGUCCAGAUGGGUCGAUGGCUUGUCCUACCCCUGAAUUUACACUUAUCUGGGUUGAUUCUGGAACUUAAACUGAAGGGAGCUCAAGCCUACAACCUAGAUUGAAGGAUUGACAGUGAUUAUUAUUUUUAAAAUUAUUUUAUCUGUCAUAUGCAUUAACAAAAUAUUUAAUAUUUGUAGGAAAACAUUUAAUACUCAAUUGGCAAAUAAUCAAUAUUUUCAUGAAUUUUUAGUCUGCAAACACCUUCCAUAAUCAAUAUUAUUAAUAAGUUUUUUUUUAUUUGAAAAUCUUUAUUUUUCCCUCGGAAGGUCUUCUUCGGGACUAAACAAAAUAAAACUGGCUAAAUGAAAAAAUUUACAUAGUCCUCCGACCUUUUCAGAAACAUGUCUGAGAAGUUUGAAUCCAGCGACUCCGAGGAAUCGGAGGCUGAAGGCACAGAAUCGGAGGAGGGGUCGGAGGUUUCUGAUAGCGAGGCUGAGAAUGAGACAGAGAACGAACAGAUGGAUGUGAGUGUUGAGAGUACUACUGCUGCGGAUAAUAGUUCUGGUGAUGAAGGAGAGAGUUGUCCAAUUUGUCUUCUUAAACUCAGAGCUCAGGACCUGGGUCGACCAGCCCCCUGCCAGCAUAUUUUCUGCUUGACAUGCAUCAGGGAGUGGGCUAAGGUAACGCCUUCUUGUCCUAUCGAUCGAAUAGAAUUUAGCACUAUAUGUAUCCGUGAGGGGGGCGGGGAGGGAGUUCGAGCUGGGGUUUUAAAACGGAAACCCCGUAAAACCCGGAAGAAGAAACCCAGCAAAAAGAAGGCCCGAACCAAAGCCAGCACUUCAACCAAGACUGGGAAACCCCGGAAAGCUCGUCGGAAGCGUAAACCCAAACGAACCUGCUCCUCCAAGACUCCGUAUACCGUACGGCGGAAAGACUACGCUGUAAUGGAAAGUGUCCGGCAAGCCCUAGGCCUUCCUGAACCGGAUAUACAUUGGUCCAGGGAGGUGAAAGAAGGUUUAUCCAUCACAGGAAAUCCGGACGAAUUAGACUAUUUCGGCGACGAAUCGCCCGACGAAGAGUUACCCGGAUUUUCUUCGAACGGUGGGAUUGCUACCCGAGUUUUACCACGACAUAUGGCGGUAGAGCGGUUAAAUUUGGCACGACGGAGGCGGGUGAAAGGCGGCAUUGAACUAAACAGUAUAGCGUCAGGUCCAGCCGACUUAUUAGGUGGAAUCCUAAGCUCUCAGUCCUCCCUCCUAACCCCAGAACAGUCCGCUCCUAGAUCUUUGAUUAAACGGGACAAGAACGAGAAUAUUCUGAACUCCGGGAGCAGGUUGAACCUUAACGGAUCCGGAGCCAGGGUUACCUCGGCUCCGGUCAAUUCUAACCGAGGAAACGGGUUUCCUUUAAAUGGUUCCUUCGCUGCCAACACUGCCACAAUGCCAGGACGUACUUCUGUAGGGUUUGUUUCUGGUGGUUCCAGUGGAACCCUGGGACCUGGUGCAGGAGGAACAUCAAACGAGGACGACCUCGAUCUCUACGGGAAUAUCGAGGAUGGUCCUGCAGAUCAACCUCAACUUUCUGCAGUUGCUGGCGAUCUUUACGAUCCUGAAGAUCCAGGGGUAAUUUGUUUCGUGCUUGAUUUGAUGUCAUUUAAAAAGUUUAAAACUUAUGUUUUUUUCGACGAGAUGGAAGGAAUCCCUCUCCCUGAUGGUAACCAGCCUCACAAAAUUAAGAUCCAAUUGAAGAGUAAAAAUAAAACUCUUCAAACCUCUUUACGGACUCCUAAGCGGGACGAGAAUCCUAAGAAGGAGGAAAGUCCUAAAAAGAGAGCUCUUCUCUCCGAUAUAUUCGGCAGUGAUGAUGAGGCGGAUAGAAAAGUAUAUCGACGAAGGAGCAGAAGUUCUGACAAAGGUCGGGAUAGUGAUCGUCGUCGCCGUAGUAGCAGGGAGAGUAACAGGGGACGAAAGGGUGGAGAUCGUAGGAUAGGCCGAGAUCACAGUGAUAAACGUAAAGAAGAAAGCAACAGCAGGGAUGAAAGCCGAAAUAAGCAUAAGAAGGAGGAGAAACAAAGCAGAAACGACAAAGAAAAUGGUGAUAAAAAUAAGAAAAACGAUAAGAAAGAAAAGAAGAACACGAUUGAGAAAGAAACCGAAUCUGAACAAAGUGUACCAGCUGCAGAGAAAUCUGAAAUAAAAGAUAAAGAACUGAGUGAUGUAAGUGACAAAGAAAUAGAAGAGACUAGAGAAGUAAAACUCCGAGAUCCAUCAAUGAGUCCAAUUGACUCCGACCAGAGUGAAACCUUUGACAAGGCAGGAACACUGGAGGGAUUGAAUCCUGAAAAUAUUUCUCCUGAGGAGGACUUCACCUCGCUGAGUGAAGAGGAGGAGGGGGAGAUUAAGAACUAUGAGAGAAGGAAGAAGCUGAACCGAAGGAAGAAGGAACUGCAGAGGAAGGUAAGGGAGCUAGAAAGACAGGUCAUUGAGAUAUCUCCAACUGGGAAUCCUCUAGAUAUUAGUCUCAUCCUUGAAGAAGGAGAAAUUGGAGACGAAUCAAAGAAAAAGAAGAAAAAGCUGAAAGAGAAGAUAAAGAAGAAGGUAGAAAAACAGAAGAAAAAUAUUAAAAAGAAGAAAAAGAUUCCAGUUCCUGAUGAGACUAAGGAUGACAAUAGCGAAGAGAUGAUUGAUCAUGAGAAGAUUGAGGAAGAUACUGAAGAUGUGGAAAAGAUAGAAAAAGGAGAGAAGGAAAAGGGUAAGAAAGAGAAGAUUUUCAAAGGAAGAACCUACCGAGGGAAAAGUUCCACUCCUCUCAUGGAUGAAAAGGAAGAAGGCGCGGAAGAGAAUGAAGAAGAAGUUGAUGAAGAAGGAGAAGAUGAAGAUGAAAGCCUGAGAAGAUCAAAGAAACCUGAACUUCCUAGGUAUGAUGUGAGGAGAGUACUUGAUGCAAAGAAAGAAAGAAAGAAGAAAGAAAAGGACAAGAGUAAGAACGAGGAAGAUAAAGAGGAGCGGAAAGAUUUAUCAAAGGAUGUCUUUGGACGAGAUGUUUCUGAAAAGAAAAAGAACAAAUCCAAAAGAAAAGUUUCAGCCUCCCCAGAUAGAACUGAGGACCGAGGUCGGAAAAAGAAAAAAGCUCGAACAAGGUCCUCAACGCCCAGUCUUUCAAGCAGUUCCUCAUCCUCUUCCUCAUCUUCAUCCUCUUCUAGAUCAAGAUCAAAGAAAAAGAGAAAGGAUGGAAUUAUUAAAAGGAAGAAUUCUCCUCUCCGCAAAGACAAGAAAAAAUCAGAUUUAAAGAAGAAAAGUUUACCUCUCUCAGAGAAGAUAAGGAAGAAGGUUUCUUCCAGAACAAGAGAUGCGAAGGAGAAGAAAAGAAAGAGAUCUCACUCUCGCUCUCCGUCUAGGAGAAAGGGGAAGGAUAGGAGACGACGGGACCGGUCUGGUUCAAGAUCCAAACGACGAAGAAGAUCUUCAUCAAGAACUCGGGAUCGAAGACAAGAUUCGAGGAAACCCAAAAGUCGGAGAUCCCGAUCCAAGUCUAAAGAUAAACGCUCUAAGUCUCCAAAGCUAUCGAGGUCUAGGUCUGGCCGAAGAUCAACCUCCAAGAGGUCGAGGUCAAGAGCAGAGAAAGGUCGGGAUGUUGAUAAAUACGGAAAACUAUUUGAAAGCUCUGGCGGAGAGAAAUCUGUCUACUCAGCCGGAGAUAAAAUCAUGGUUAGCGUCAACUUUGAUAAAAACAAGGAUGCAGUGAGGAAGCCGGUCAAACCGGUUUUCCAAAAACCUUCAGUGAUCAUAGAUAUCCUUGACGAGGAGGGGCCUUACAGGGUCAUUGAACCUCCCACCGAACUUGUAGAUAUCGCCAGUGAUAGUGAGGAACCGGAGAAACCUGAACUUGAAACUGAACCCCAGCAGACCAAGGCUCCGGAACCAGCGACGGAAUCUCUCCCCACCGAGAUUCUUGGUCCUAAAACCCCUCCCAAUGAACCUGUUGCUGAGCAUGAUGAUGAUGAGGAUGAAGAUCUGAAAUCUAAACCUGAACCAACUCCAGUAAAAGGUCCAAUGACUCCGCCAGAACCUGACAGCUAUGAUCCCUUUGAACCAACAGAUUCGCCGGAUCACGAAGAUUUGGCGCCGGAAACCCCGCCCCUUCAACCAGAGACUCCGCCCCCUGCCUCUCCUGAGUCCCCUGUCCGCCCACCUUCUCCGCCGCCCAACACUAUUCCUUUCCUGUCCUCUCCUGUUAACGGAGGGGGUCCUGUGACUCCUGAGCCCCCCCUCCUUCAGCCUUACACUAGGAAACCCCUGUACACUAGCCUACCCUUGAAUGUUUCUGCAACUCUACCGGAUUCUAACAGAUCGAUGAAUAUAAGCUCUGGUUCUCCGAUUGAUAUGGAUCUAGACUCACCAUUUUCCCCUGGAUCUGGAAGUGACCUAUCCGAUCUAUUUGAGCCUCCAACAGCGACUCCUCCAACUGCCUCCGUUAAUAAAGCCUCCGAUAGUUCUCAGUGGGCCAAGAUAAUAGGGGUCGAGGAGAAAAAAUUGAAGAAACAAAAUAAUAACAGUCAAGGAUCUGGAGUUCGUGGGAAGAAAACUGUGAAUACAAGGGUAGUGAAUGAUCGAUUGAAAAUUAUCGAUGAAGUCCCGAGUUCAGCAGUUGAGAUGUCCGUAAAAGAAAAAUUUUUGAAGAAAGUUCAACGCCAGGAGCGUAUUGUAGAGGAGGUUAAACUUGUGCUGAAACCAGCAUACAAUCAGAGAAGGAUCAAUAAGGAUCAUUACAAAGAGAUCCUUAGGAAAACUGUCCCAAAGAUUUGUCACAGUAAAUAUGGUGAAAUCAACCCAACGAAGAUUGCCAAACUGGUGAACGGUUACAUCAAGAAAUACCAGCACGCUAAGCGUCAACAGAAAACUAAAAAUAAAUCGUUCUAAUUUUAAUGUAAGAAGUAUUGCUAAACGAACUCCGCCAAUUAUAAAUCCCCAAAUUUACCGAAUGUAAUGUACAGUUUACACUGAAUGAUUUCCCGUGUAUUUUGUUUCAUUUUCUAGUUUAAUUCCACGUUUUGUAUUUAGUAUCGGAGCUGUUCCCUUACAGUAAAUUCAUACAGCUUAAUUAAUUCAUUAAUCAUGUUAAUUAUAUAAUUACAGA